CCUGUCCUUGUGAAGAGUGAAGAUGAUGAAGAGAAAGUUGUGGAGAUCUCGUGGUUGUGCUGGCUACCGCCAUUUUGGGUGUGUCCAGGCUGCUCCACAGAAUCGUGAGGAUAACACAUGGGAGCCGGAAGACAACCGGGACGGCCCCGACCUUAUCGCCGAGUACAUGCAGAAACACAAGGAGGAGGAGAAAAAGAAGGAGAGCAAGAGGAAAGUUGUCAGUGAGGCCUCAGGAAACUCAGAGGAGCGAGGGAGCAAGAGAAAGGAGGAGGAGGUGCCCUCAGCAGACGUCAAGCUGGCGCACAUAGCAGGAAAGAAGGGCAAGAAGGCCGAGGAGGUGGAGCAGCCUGCAGCAGCAGUAGAGGAGAAGGAAGAGGAAGAGGAGGAUUAUGUGAUGGAGAAGGUUUUGGACCGUAGGGUAGUGAAGGGAAGAGUAGAGUUUCUGCUGAAAUGGAAGGGGUUCUCAGAGUAAGUAUUAGUCUAUAAUAUACUUGGUACUUGGUGUUCUUGGUCCUGAGAUUUACAUUUACAAAUUGCAAAUAAUCUACAGUAUAAAUUUAGGCAUUGUAUUGUUGGGACCAAGCAGUUGGUUAAACCUGAUUUUAACCAAAAAGGCCUCGUAUUGAGCUGACCGCAGAGACAAAAGACACAUUUGGGCAAGACAAAGGAAUCCUGGUUAAUUCACACCUCUAUGCAAAAGUCCCAGCCAGAGGGGAAAGAGCCUCACAACUGGCAGGAAGUCAAAGAACUACAAGAUUGUAGUCUUCACACUUUCAAGAGUUUCGAGUCUUCCUAUUGGUUCAGCGGGACCAUAAACACAGCAUGAGGUAUAAAUAGCCUGAUCACCCAAAAAUCCCGGCUCUUGAAUGGUAAUAAC